AUGUGGAGCGAAAAGCACGAUGACGUUGUGGAACGAUUUUUAGAUGAUCCCAACACACCUUUACUAAUUGGAUACAUUGAUGCUAAACAUGGCCUCUGUUUGUCCCAUUCAAUAUCUACUCAUCAGGUUGAUGAAAUGACAUACUUCAUUCGAUCAUCCAAAGUUACCCUAACGCAGCACAAUAUCAACUCUAUGCUACAAUAUGGAACCGUUAGGGCAAAUUCAAUACAAAGCCUGCUGAGACUAAUGUCAAGUAUAUAUACUCCACUCUUCCUACGAAAUGCUACAUGGCCUGACAGUAUCAAGAAUGACUUUUCCUCGCAGACACACAAAUUUAUGGCUAGUUUGACGGAUACAGCUCACAGGAUGGAUGGCCACACCGUAUUAUAUGUACCUGAUGAGGGGUUAAACAUCGAUGCCGAAGCUGCUGUCAAGAAUAAAGAAUUAGUCCAGCGUUUAGAAGCCUCUAUGAUCCACUGGACUCGUCAAAUAAAGGAAGUUCUAAGCAAUCAAGAUGCGGUUGAAACUGAUGAAAAUUCUGGGCCAUUGGAAGAAAUCCAAUUUUGGCGAAGUCGAUGUUUAGAUUUAUCCGGUCUUAGUGAGCAGUUAGAUAGGCCAGGUGUUAAGAGAAUUCGAGAUAUAUUAGAGCAUGCUAAAUCCUCCUAUGUAUCUCCUUUUAUAAGACUAUCAAAGUUAAUCCAGGAUGGUUCGGCUCAAGCACAAAGUAAUCUGAAAUUUUUAUCAACCUUAAAAGAACCUUGCUUAACCCUAUCAGAAUCUCUUCCGUCGGAAAUUAGUUCUCAGUUGCCACGUAUUCUGAACAUCAUACGGAUGAUUUGGAUCAAUUCUGAGUAUUAUAACUCUCGUGAACGAUUAACUGGCUUACUUAGAAAAGUUUGUGAAUGUCAAGUCCAUUUUGCAAGAUGUCAUGACGGCAACAAAAUUCAAAUGCCACAAUUUCACGGUUUGCGUGGACCUGACAUUACAAGAAGUUUGUUGGAAAUCGAAGCUACAUUUAAUAAAAAUUUACAAAUCUUACGCAAUGUAAAGAAAACCAUCUUGGAUGUUAAGGCUUCCUCGUGGCAUGAUGAUUACAAUAGAUUUAAAACUGGCAUAAAAGAUUUAGAAGUUAUGAUGCAAAAUGUGAUAACAUCAGCUUUUGAAACGAUUACAACUGUUGAAGAAGGUGUUGAGUUACUUGAUUUCUUCCGCCAUUUAUCAUCACGAGAGGCUAUAAGGCGUACCAUUGAUAAAAAGACUGUGGAAGUCUAUGGACUAUUUAAUGAGGAAUUAAACUUAGUCAAGAAGGAAUUUAACACUAAGACUCCAGCAGUAUCUCCUUUCGAACCACGUUAUGCUGGUUCAGCACAGUGGGCAAGAGCUCUAAAAAAGAGAAUAGAUUAUCCAAUGGAGAUCUUAGAGAAAGCAUUCUUCCUGCCCCAAAUUGGCACUGGCGACGAAAUAAGGGCUCAAUAUCAACAAUUAGGCCAAGCAUUAGACGAAUAUGUUCGUAAAAUGUUCAAUGAGUGGACAAGUACAGUGGACAGAGAAUUAAUGAAAUUACUGGAAGUACCUCUAAUGCAUAGAAGUGCUGAAUACCCAGCUAUGCUUGAUUUAAAUUUUGACAAAACUCUAUUGAAACUAUUCUCAGAAAUUCACUACUGGGAGAGAUUAAUGUUUGAAAUACCGCAUUAUGCUACUGAAGUCUAUCAAAAGCGAGAAGACUUACGUGUACUACGCGAAAACGUGUUAUUAGUUAUUCGCGAUUACAACGGAAUCAUACUAUCGUUAAGUAACGAAGAGCGCGGCUUAUUUAAAGAAAGAAUCCGCUACUUAGAUAAGAAAAUCCAACCAGGUCUUACAAAGUUAACUUGGGCAACUAAAGGCAUAUCCGAUUUCUUUAUCGGUGAAUGUCGAUUACACGCCAGCAAGAUACAAGCUAUCGUUAGUGACUACAAAAAUGCUAAUGCUUCGAUAUCAGAUCAAUGUAAGCGUAUUAGUGAAUUGCUAUUAGUCCGAGUGGAUAAAAAGAGAGUAUACGACGAUUUGGAUUUCGAUGAAGAUCAGGCUCAGCAUAGACUAAUUGUAGAAAGAAAAUUAAGGCAAAUUCAUCAUGGCAUCGUCGAGAAAAUGGAACAAGUAUAUGAAGUUUUUAAAGGGGACGGUACUGAUGUACAAUCUUCCUGGAGAAGUUAUACUGCAAAAAUGGACCGUAUGGUCGAGGAGGCUUGUAGGUUAAACGUUAAAUGGUCACUACAAGAAUUAUCGCGUGUUAUCAAUGGCGAUGGUAAAAGUUCACCUAAUCCGCUAUUCCGUGUAAAAGUUACACUAAUUGGCGACAAGAUUGAGUUUUCACCCUCACUUAAAAAAUUAGCGCUUAUGGUUAAAGAUAUAACCGAGCAGUUAAUUGUGUGUAUGAAAUGUAUCAAACGCUUGCCAGAUUUACUAACACCUGAAAAAUCUGAUAAAGAAGCAAUCUAUGCUAUUAUUUCACGUGAUGAUGAAAUUCGAAAGAUACAAAGCGCUAUUUUAGCUGGAUUGGAUACUAAUGAAACCCAUGUACAAAACUACUUAGCCAAAUGGGAUAAUUACAGAGAUAUAUGGGAAGUUAAUAAAGAAGCCUUCAUUCGCCGCUAUCAAAAUCUUAAUCCACCAGUAUCUUCAUUUGAUGCUGAUAUCGCUAGAUAUACAGAAGUUGCGAAUAAUGUUUCUAAAGAGGAAACAGUGUUGAAUAUCCAAUUUGUUAUGUUAGAUUGUUCACCACUAAAGGCUGCUCUUCAUCAUCAUUGCAGUUUAUGGCAAAAUAAAUUCACAACAUUGCUUAGUGAGAUGGCGACAACACGUUUGAAAGAAUUAAACGAAUUCUUAUCAACCAAUUCUGAAAAUUUAAGGACUCCACCUCAAUCACUAUCACAUCUAAGUAACAGUUUAGCGCUUUUAGAACAGUUGCAGCUAGAUUUGCCUAAAAUUGAAUCGAAGUUUCCUCCAUUACACGAACAGUUUGCCGUGUUAGAAAAGUACGAAGUAGAAGUUCCUGCUGAUGUUCAGAAGAUGCUCAAUGAUCUUAAUGGCGAAUGGGUUUCCUUCCAACAAUGCUUAAUGGAUUCUGAUAUCAUGCUUAAAAAGCAUAAGGAAAAAUUCAAAGCUGGUUUACUACACUCUUCUGAUGAGUUUAAGAGAAGUAUUUUGAACUUAAGGGACGAAUUCAAUAACAAGGGACCAUUCUUAAGCACUGUAGUUAUUGAGACGGCUUUAGAGAUUCUUAGUAAAUUCCAUGAUCAGCUAUUAGCUCUUAAAGAACAAGAAUCCAUGAUAAAGCAUGGUUUAAGUAUCUUUAAGAUUGAGCACCCACCAUCCAAAGAACUUGCAAAUCUAGAAAAGGAUGUCGAUCAACUAGAACAAAUUUGGACUCAUACUAAAGAAUGGGAAGAAUUAUGGUCCAAUUGGAAAAACGAAAUUUUCAUGGAAUUGGUCACCGAAUCAAUGGAAUAUACAUCUCAAUCUUUGUUGAAAAAGGUCAACAAACUAUGCCGUGAAUUAAAAGACAAAAAUUGGGAGAUUUGCGAUACAAUACGUGGUCGAAUUGAUCAAUUUAAGCGAACACUUCCUUUAAUACUUGAUUUGAAAAAUCCAGCUAUGAGAGAUCGUCAUUGGUUUCAGCUUAAGAAUGAAAUGCAAAGACCUUUUGAUCAAACUAGCAAAGAAUUUACUUUAGAAAAAAUGAUUGAUUUGGGUUUUGAUCAGUUUUCUGAUAUUAUUAGUGAAAUUUCGGCUGCUGCAUCUAAAGAAUUAUCUAUCGAAUUAGCAUUGCAAGAUAUCUCUAGUACUUGGAAAGCGAUGACUUUAGAUAUCGCUAGACAUAAAGAUCGUAAUUAUUUUAAAUUGCGUGCAACUGACGAUUUAUUCCAGCAAUUAGAAGAUAAUCAAGUCACUUUAUCAUCAGUAAAAGCAUCACGAUAUGUACGAGCAUUUGAAAAAGAAGUUGAUAAAUGGGAAAGAACUCUAUCACAUAUCUUAGAAGUGGUCGAACUUAUUUUAACAGUUCAGCGUCAAUGGAUGUAUUUAGAGAAUAUAUUCUUAGGUGAAGAUAUCCGAAAGCAAUUACCAAAAGAAUCAGCGGAAUUCGAUAUUGUUAAUUCCAACUGGAAGAGUAUCAUGGAUCGACUUCAUAAGCAAAAUAAUGCAUUAGAAGGAACUCAUCAUACAGGCAUGUUAGAAACAUUAUUCGACAUGAAUGUUAAACUAGAAGAAAUCCAAAAAUCGUUGGAUAUGUUUUUAGAAACCAAAAGACAAGUAUUUCCACGAUUUUAUUUCUUGUCGAAUGACGAUUUACUUGAAAUACUUGGCCAAUCGAAGAAUCCAGAUGCAGUCCAACCUCAUUUAAAAAAAUGCUUUGAUAAUAUCUACUCACUAAAACUAAAUAAAGCUAAUUUAUCACGCUCAGAAGCAUUAGGUAUGACAUCGGCUGAUGGCGAAUCAAUCGAAUAUAUCCAACCAGUUAUAUUAGAAGGACCAGUUGAAUCAUGGUUAUGCGAUAUUGAAAGUGCUAUGAGAAUGAAUUUAAGAGAUUAUCUGAAACGAUGUCGUAAUGAAUUAAAGAAAAAUUUAAAUAAGCGUGAAAAAUGGGUUCGUGAAUGGGCUGGCCAAUUGGUUAUUGUGGCUAGUCAAAUGCAAUGGACUGCCGAUGUGACUAAAGCAUUGAAUUCUGUUAAAGAUAGUGGUGAGAAGAAAGCUUUAAAAAGCUUAAAAAAGAAGCAGAUAUCGAUGUUGAAUAAAUUCUCUGAAAUGAUUCGAGGUAAUCUGUCAAAAAUUCAACGUAGUAAAUUAGUAGCUUUAGUCACGAUUGAAGUUCAUGCCCGUGAUGUUAUUGAGAAAUUGAUUAAAACUGGCUGCAAUGAUAUUACUUCAUUCGAAUGGCUAAGCCAAUUGCGAGUCUACUGGGAGAAAGAACUUGAUGAUUGUGCUGUACGCCAAACCAACACACUCUUUCAAUAUGGUUAUGAGUAUCUAGGUAAUUCUGGACGAUUAGUUAUUACGCCAUUAACAGAUCGUUGUUACAUUACACUAACUACCGCGCUCCAUCUUCACCGUGGUGGCAGCCCUAAAGGACCUGCUGGCACGGGUAAAACAGAGACGACAAAAGAUUUAGGAAAAGCAUUGGGAAAUUAUGUUAUUGUUGUUAACUGUUCAGAAGGAUUAGAUUAUAAAUCUAUGGGUAGAAUGUAUAGCGGUUUGGCACAAACGGGUGCUUGGGGCUGUUUCGAUGAAUUUAAUCGUAUCAAUGUCGAAGUAUUAUCUGUAGUUGCUCAACAAAUCUUAUCCAUAUUAACGGCACUAUCACAUGGUGCGCAACGAUUUGUAUUUGAAGGUCGUGAAAUUAGUUUAGUUGGUUCAUGCGGUAUCUUUAUCACUAUGAAUCCUGGCUAUGCUGGCCGAACUGAAUUACCCGACAAUUUAAAGAGUAUGUUUAGACCCAUUGCUAUGGUAGUACCAGAUUCAGCUCAAAUUGCUGAAAUCAUCUUAUUUGCUGAAGGCUUUUCGAAUACCAAAGUCUUAGCUAAAAAAGUCCAUACGCUCUAUUCGUUAGCUGUGCAACAAUUAUCUAAACAAGAUCAUUAUGAUUUCGGUCUACGUGCACUUGUAUCAGUAUUAAAAUAUGCUGGUAGAAAGAAACGAGAAUUUACAGAUAUGCUCGAUGAAGAAGUUCUCUUAUUAGCCAUGAAAGAUAUGAAUAUCGCUAAAUUAAAAUCAAGUGAUGCACCGCUAUUUAACGGUAUCAUAUCCGAUCUAUUCCCUGGUAUCGAAGCGCCAACCACCGAAUAUGGUCAAUUACGUACAGUGGUGGAAGAAGAACUUAAAUCAUCUAAUUUACAACCGCAUGAGAAAUUAAUCAUGAAAGUACUGCAACUAUAUGAAACUAAAAAUUCACGCCAUGCCGUCAUGGUAAUAGGUCAAACUGAAUCAGGUAAAACUGUCGUUUGGAAGACAUUACAAGCUGCAAUGACACGAAUGAAAAAAGUCCAUAAUGACCCUAAUUAUCAAGUUGUUAAAGAAUACCCUAUUAAUCCUAAAUCACUAUCUUUGGGUGAAUUGUAUGGCGAAUUUGAUUUAUCAACAAAUGAAUGGACAGAUGGUGUUUUAUCCAGUGUUAUGCGUCAAACAUGUUCUGAUGAGAAAUUAGAUGAGAAAUGGCUCGUCUUUGAUGGCCCUGUCGAUACAUUAUGGAUCGAAUCGAUGAAUUCUGUUAUGGACGACAAUAAAGUUUUAACUUUAAUUAACGGUGAGCGUAUAUCAUUACCUGAACAGGUAUCAUUAUUAUUCGAAGUGGAUAGUUUAGCAGCUGCUUCGCCAGCAACAAUUAGUCGUUGUGGUAUGGUCUAUACAGAUUAUCGAGAUAUCGGCUGGCAACCUUAUGUAACAUCAUGGCUACAAAAACGAGAAGAUCGCAAUUCAGUUGAACAAUUACAGCGAUUAUUUGACAAAUACGUUCAAAAAGUAUUAGACUAUAAGCAAGCACAUUGCACUGAGCUUGUUCCGACUACUGAAUUGAAUAAUAUUAAAUCGUUAUGUCGAUUAUUUGAUGCAUUAGCAACAGCUGAAAAUGGUGUCCAACCCAAUGAUGAUUACUAUACUAAAAUGAUCGAGUUAUGGUUUCUAUUUGCUCUCAUUUGGUCGAUCUGUGCAUCAGUCGAUGAACAUAGUCGUAAAAAAAUGGAUAAUUAUUUACGUGAAAUUGAAGGCCAAUUUCCCAGCAAAGAUACCAUCUAUGAAUAUUUUGUCGAUGCUAAGCAGAAAACAUGGGUACUAUGGGAGUCGAAAUUACACACUAGCUGGAAAUAUAGUCCUAAUUUACCUUUCUAUAAGAUUAUUGUACCCACUGUGGAUGCAUUACGUUAUGAUUUCUUGGUCCAAUCACUUUUACUAUCGCAAACACCAACACUUUUAGUCGGCCCAGUAGGAACAGGGAAAACAUCCGUUGCACAAGGAGUCAUUUCAAGAGCUGACCCACAGCAAUAUGGCAAAUUAAUUAUCAACAUGUCAGCUCAGACAUCAUCCAAUAAUGUCCAGGAUAUUAUCGAAAGUCGUGUUGAAAAGCGCACCAAAGGUGUUUAUGUACCUGUUGGUGGGAAAAAAUUAUUAACCUUUAUGGACGACUUUAAUAUAUCAUCCAAAGAUACCUAUGGCUCACAGCCACCACUAGAAUUAAUUCGUCAAUGGCUCGAUUACGGUUUCUGGUAUGAUCGUUCUAAACAAGCUGUUAAAUAUAUCAAAGAUAUGUAUUUACUAGCCGCAAUGGGCCCACCUGGUGGUGGUAGAACUGUUAUAUCAGGUCGAUUACAAAGCCGAUUUAACCUUAUUAAUAUGACAUUCCCACAAGAAAGUCAAAUCAAGCGCAUCUACGGUACGAUGAUCAAUCAAAAAUUACAAGAUUUUGAAGAAGAUAUUAAACCAUUAGGUGAUAUCAUGACUCAAGCAACGAUUGAUAUCUAUAAUUCAAUUGUAUCUAAAAUGUUGCCAACGCCGACUAAAAUACAUUAUCUUUUUAACUUGAGAGAUAUAUCUAAGGUAUUCCAGGGUUUAUUGCGUUCCCAUCGUGAUUUCCAUGAUACCAAGCAUAGUAUUAUUCGGCUAUGGAUACAUGAAUGCUUUAGAGUGUUUUCUGAUCGUUUAGUCGAUGAAAAAGAUCGUGAAGAAUUUCAGCAAUUAAUCUCCGAAAAAUUAGGCUCACUAUUUGAUUUACCAUUUCAUAACAUCUGCCCCAAUCGACAAGUACCUAUUUUCGGCGAUUUCAUGAAGGAAAAUCAAAUCUAUGAAGAUAUGACUGAUUUCGCUAAUUUAAAGCAAUGCUUAGAAAAUCAACUUGAAGAUCAUAAUAUGGAACCAGGCGCGAUUGCUAUGGAUUUAGUCUUAUUUCGUGAUGCAGUCGAGCAUGUUUGUCGCAUUAUUCGUGUUAUUCGCCAACCGCGUGGCAAUAUGUUAUUAUUAGGUAUAGGUGGUAGUGGUCGACGAAGUUUAACUCGGCUAGUAUCUUAUAUCUUAAAUUAUCAAGUAUUCCAAGUUGAAGUCACAAGGCAUUAUCGAUCGGCCGAUUUCCGUGAAGAUAUCCGAAAAUUAUAUCGAACAACUGGAGUGGAAAAUAAACCAACAGUUUUCCUAUUUGCCGAUACUCAAGUUCUUCAAGAAUCAUUCCUGGAAGAUAUCAACAAUAUCUUAAGUAGCGGUGAAGUUCCUAAUUUAUACAAACAAGAUGAAUUCGAGGAAGUCCGCCAGAGUUUAUUAAAAGCCGCUAAAACUGAUGGCAUUCCAGAUACUACAGACAGCCUAUUCGCUUACUUAAUUGAACGAGUGCGUAGUAACUUAAGAAUUGUACUAUGCAUGAGUCCAGUUGGUGAGACCUUCCGAAAUCGAAUUCGUAUGUUUCCAGCAUUUGUUAACUGCACUACCAUCGAUUGGUUUGGAGAAUGGCCAGAAGAAGCAUUGCAAGAAGUGGCUGAAAAAUAUCUCCAAACAGUUGAUGUGGGCGAUCUUGAAGAAAUGAAGCCUAAGAUUGCUCAAACAUUCGUUACUAUUCAUAGUUCAGUGGUUAAAAUGUCGGAAAAGAUGUGGUUAGAAAUGAAACGUCGUAAUUAUGUUACACCGACUAAUUAUUUAGAAUUAGUAGCAGGUUAUAAAAGUCUACUGCAUGAGAAAAAGAAAGAGUUAGGGAAUGAAGCAAAUAAAUUACGCAAUGGUUUGGAGAAAAUUGAUGAAACGAGAACAAAGGUUGAAACCAUGUCCAUCGAGUUGGAAAGAACCAAGAAUAAAGUAGCUCAAUUUCAGAAGCAAUGUGAAGAAUAUUUAGUGAUCAUUGUACAGCAAAAACGUGAGACAGAUGAGCAUCAAAAAACAGUCGCUGCACGGAGUGAGAAAAUCGAAGAAGAAGAACAACGAUGUCGUCAAUUAGCAGAGACUGCACAACAUGAUCUUGAUGAAGCGUUGCCAGCGUUGGAAGAAGCAGUUAAAGCGUUAGAAGCAUUGAAUAAGAAAGAUAUUACUGAAAUUCGUUCUUACGGGCGUCCACCACCUCUAGUGGAAAAAGUUAUGGAAGCAGUUAUGAUAUUGUUAGGCGCUGAACCAACAUGGGCCGAAGCAAAACGACAACUUGGGGAAACUAACUUUAUUAAGACAUUAGUUAAUUUUGAUAAAGAUCAUAUGACUGAUCGUGUGUUGAAAAAAGUAACUGGCUAUUGCUCUCAAUCGGAUUUCCAACCUGAUAUUAUCGGUCGUGUAUCAUUAGCAGCUAAAUCGUUAUGUAUGUGGGUGCGUGCUACUGAAUUAUAUGGACGCAUCUAUCGUAUUGUUGAGCCUAAGAAACAACGUUUAAAUCAUGCCCGUGCUCAAUUACACGAAAAAGAAAGAUCCUUAGCUGCAGCUAAAAGUAAAUUGAAAGAAAUUACCGAUCAAAUGGAAAAAUUAAAGCGUGAAUACGAUGAGAAAUUAGCGCAAAAGGACGAUUUACGUAAAACUGCUGAAUUAAACGAAUUACGUUUAGAUCGUGCUGGUAGAUUGGUUGCUGGUCUAUCAGGUGAAAAAUUGCGAUGGGAAAAUAGUGUUACUGAAUUGCAAUCUAAUAUUGCCUAUCUGCCUGGUGAUUGCUUAGUAGCAGCAGCAUUUUUAUCUUAUGUUGGAUCGUUUUUGUCGGGUUAUCGUGAAGAAUUAGUUAAUGGUAUAUGGCUGCCGCAAAUCUACAAAUUGCAUGUACCAUGUAAUCCAGAGUUAAAUUUCGCUAAUUUUAUGGCUAAGCCAACAACAGUACGCGAUUGGAAUAUACAAGGUUUACCUAAUGAUUCGUUCUCAACUGAAAAUGGUAUCAUAGUAGCUCGCGGCAAUCGUUGGCCAUUAAUGAUUGAUCCGCAAGGACAAGCAUUGAAAUGGAUUAAAAAUAUGGAAGGGAAUAAGUUGAGUAUCAUCGAUUUACAGCAAACCGAUUACAUACGAGUUCUAGAGAAUUCAAUUCAAUUUGGUACUCCGGUUCUAUUACAUAAUGUCCAGGAAAAACUAGAUCCAUCAUUGUCGCCUAUCUUAAAUAAAGCUAUUAUACGUAAAGGUGGCCAGUACUUUAUUCGCUUAGCCGAUAAAGAAAUUGAUUAUAAUCCAGAAUUUAAAUUUUACAUCACAACAAAAUUAAGUAAUCCUCAUUACUCACCGGAGAUUUCCACUAAGACAACUAUUGUCAACUUUGCUGUUAAAGAACAAGGUCUACAAGCGCAACUACUUGGUAUUGUUGUGCGAAAGGAACGACCAGACCUUGAAGAGCAAAAAGAUAAAUUGGUCAUGAGUAUUGCUGCUGGUAAGAAAAAAUUAGUUGAAUUAGAGGAUGAAAUAUUGAAAUUAUUAAAUACAGCUGAAGGCUCACUGUUGGAUGAUGAACAGUUGGUUAAUACAUUGCAAACAUCUAAGACCACAUCACAAGAAGUAUCUGAGCAAUUACAAAUUAGCGAACAAACUGAAAUUAAAAUUGAUACAGCUCGUGAAGGUUAUCGUCCAUGUGCUCAACGUGCUUCCAUUCUAUUCUUCGUCAUUAAUGAUAUGGGCCGAAUUGAUCCAAUGUAUCAAUUUUCAUUAGAUUCCUACAUUGAACUAUUUAAUGGAUCCAUUGAUAAGAGUUCACGUAGUUCAAAAUUAGAAGAAAGAAUUCAAUCGUUAAAUGAUUAUCACACCUAUGCCGUUUAUCGCUAUACCUGUCGGGCAUUAUUCGAACGACAUAAAAUGCUUUUCUCAUUCCAGAUGUGCGCUAAAAUUUUAGAAGCUGCUGGUAAACUCAAUAUGGAAGAGUAUAAUUUCUUCUUACGUGGAGGUACCGUAAUCGAUCGUGAAAAUCAAAUGGAGAAUCCAUGCAAAUGGUUAUCAGAAGCAGCAUGGGAUCAUAUUACUGAAUUAGAUAAGUUAACCAACUUCCAUGGCUUAGUAACAUCAUUUGAGCAAUAUGCAAGAGAUUGGCAUGUUUGGUUUACAAGUUCCGAGCCUGAAAAUGCUUUGCUACCUGGAGAGUGGGAUAACGCAUGCAAUGAAUUGCAAAAAAUGCUGAUUGUAAGAUCACUACGACCUGAUCGUGUUGCUUUUACUGUUGGAUCAUUUAUUAUUAACAAUCUUGGCUCACGAUUUGUUGAACCACCUGUACUCGAUAUGAAUUCAGUAUUAGAUGAUUCAAGUCCUAAAACACCACUUAUAUUUGUUCUCUCUUCUGGUGUCGAUCCAUCUGGUGCAUUACUUCAAUUAGCAGAUAAGCAUAACAUGAAUAAAAGAUAUAAUUCGCUAUCAUUAGGUCAAGGCCAAUCACCUAUAGCAUCACGAAUGAUUCGUGAAGGUAUUAUGGAAGGCCAUUGGGUAUUCUUAGCCAAUUGUCAUUUAUCAUUAAGUUGGAUGCCUCAAUUAGAUAAAAUAGUUGAGCAAUUACAGGUUAAAAAUCCUCAUCCCGAUUUUCGCUUAUGGCUAAGUAGCAGUCCACAUCCAGAAUUUCCAAUAUCAAUUUUGCAAUCGGGUAUUAAAAUGACUACUGAACCACCUAAAGGAUUAAAAGCCAAUAUGAAACGUCUCUAUCAAUCGAUCACCUAUGAACAAUUUAAUAAUUGCCGCAAACCGGAAAAAUUCAAGAAACUGUUAUUUGGUUUAUGCUUUUUCCAUAGUAUUCUACUGGAAAGGAAGAAAUUCUUAAUGUUGGGCUGGAAUGUUAUUUAUGGAUUCAAUGAUUCUGAUUUUGAAGUAUCAAACGAUUUGUUAUCAUUAUACUUGGAUGAAUAUGAUGAGACACCAUGGGAUGCAUUAAAAUACUUGAUUGCUGGAGUUAAUUAUGGAGGACAUGUUACUGACGAUUGGGAUAGACGUUUAUUACAUACCUAUAUCAACGACAUCUUUUGCGACGCUGCCGCUCAAAAUCCAUUUUAUAAGUUAUCAACAAUGGCCACAUACUAUAUUCCCAAAGACGGACCAUUGCAAUCUUAUCUGGAUUAUAUUAACUUAUUGCCAAAUGUGGAUCAUCCAGAAGCUUUUGGUCAACAUCCAAAUGCUGAUAUUGCAAGUCAAAUCAUCGAAACUAGGAUGCUAUUUGAUACUUUGCUGUCACUGAAGCCACAAGUUUCGGUUGCCCAAGGAGAGAGUCGAGAAGAUAGGGUCCAAGAACUAGCAGCUGAUGUGUUGAAACGUAUACCGGAAGACCUCGACCGAGAAAGCGCAGAAACUAUUCUAAUAUCUGAUCCUUCACCAAUCAAUGUUGUACUAGUCCAAGAGGUUGCACGCUAUAAUAGCUUACUACAAACUAUAAGGACAUCUCUACAAGACUUGGCUAAAGGGAUUAAGGGUUUAGUUGUUAUGUCAGCUGCAUUAGAGGAAAUAUUUUCAUGCAUAUUUGAUGGAAGAGUUCCGCCAUUAUGGAAUAAGACCUAUGCAUCACAGAAACCUUUAGCUGCUUGGACGAGAGAUCUCGUGAUUCGAGUAGAGCAAUUUAGUAAAUGGGCAAUUACUGCUCAUCCACCAACCUUGUUUUGGCUUUCUGGUUUUACAUUUCCAACCAGUUUCUUAACUGCUGUACUACAAACCUCGGCACGCCAGAAUAAUGUCUCAAUCGAUUCUUUAUCGUGGGAAUUCCCGGUUUCUACAGUUGAUGAUUCUAAUAUAAUGCAAGCACCCAAGGAUGGUGUAUGGAUACGUGGAUUAUACUUGGAAGGUGCUGGUUGGGACGUUAAAAAUUCCUGCUUAAUUGAAGCAGAUCCAAUGGAAUUAGUAUGUCCAGUUCCGGCUAUUCACUUUAAGCCAGUUGAAAACAAAAGAAAAUCAAAUAAAGGAAUGUAUGCUUGUCCUUGCUACUACUACCCAAAUCGUUCAGGUUCCGGAGGUAGACCUUCAUUUGUUGUCUCCGUUGAUAUUAAGGUGGGAUCAGUUACUGCAGACCAUUGGAUCAAGCGUGGAACGGCUCUUCUUAUGAGUUUAGACUAUUAG